GAUCUUACUUGAGGUAUUAUUCCCAGGAGAUCAAAGUCAACAAUUUUCAGCAACUUGAACAAAGGGGCUUCUUCAAUCCUCCUUAAUACAUUAAAACCCAACACAACACAACACAACACCAACCCAAAACUUCAUCAAAAUCCAAACUCAUCACUCAUCCCAAAACCUAUAAAUUCCUCAAUCCAUUAUCCCAUCAUUCCACUCAACAGUCAACAAAAAUAUAACCAUGUCCCAACUCUCAUCCCACAUUUUCUCUCUCCUCCUCAUCUUCAUCUCUCUCCUCUCACUAAUCCACCCUUCAAACUCCACAAAUCUCCACUCCAUCAAAUUCCGAUCACCAAACCUCUACCCAGAAGGCCUAGCAUACGAUCCUACCUCCCAACAUUUCCUCCUCGGUUCGCUUCACGGAAACAAUUUCAUCUCCGUCUCCGAUACCGGCGUUACCGAAACCCUAACCCUAAUUUCUCCCGAAAUUCCCCCAAAUUCCACAAUUCUCGGCCUCUCCGUCGAUAAUCUCCGUCGUCGUCUCCUCGCCGCCGUCAACAUUAACGGUUCACCUUUUCUCGCCUCUUUCCACCUCCAUCGCACCUCCCUCGACCUCCAUUUUCUCUCUCAUCUUCCUUCCACCGGUGUAUCAAACGGCGUCACUUUCGACUCUCACGGAAACGCUUACGUCACCAAUUCCAAGGAAAAUUUCAUCUGGAAACUCGACUUAAACGGCACCGUUUCAAUCCUCUCUAAAUCGCCGAUUUUCACGCAAUUUCCAGUAGAUCACACCUCACCGUACUCCUACUGUGGACUCAACGGCGUCGUUUACAUCAACACCAAAGAGUACCUCCUAGUCGUCCAAUCAAAUACUGGAAAAAUGUUCAAAGUUGACGCCAUUGAUGGAACUUCAAAAGUCGUUAUUUUACCAGAAGAGUUAACGUUAGCAGAUGGAAUCACCGUUAGAGAUGACGGCGUUGUUGUUGUAGUUUCGAUGAAAAGCGCGUGGUUUUUGAAGAGUGACGACAGCUGGGCCCAGGGUGAAGUAAUUGACAAAAUUGCCCUUGAUGAAGAAGGGUUUCCUACGUCUGUUACUAUAGGACGUCGUGGAAGGGUAUAUGUGGUAUAUGGGUAUGUUCAGGAGGGUAUAAAGGGAAUUUUGGAGGAGAGAGAGUGGUUUAGGAUAGAGGAGAUAGUGUCGAAGAGAGAGAAUGAAGAAGAGAGUAUGUUGUGGCCCUUUAUGUUGAUUGGGCUGGGCUUGGUUUAUUUUCUAUUUUGGAAGUUUCAGAUGGGUCAGCUUGUUAAAGAUGUAGAUAGAAAACGUGCUUAGUAUUUUUUUUUUUUUUUUUUCUUGUUUUUACUUUCUUUUUUGAAUUAUUGUUUUGGAAUUUAUUGUUCGAUGAGUUCAGUAAUAGUGAUUGCUUGUUUGCUUCCUCUUGUGAAA